AUGAUAAAUGAAGAAAAUCGGCCUCUAAGUCUUAACGACGCGGCUUUAGAGGCUAGUGGUGACAAAAAUGUAUACAAUCUUACGGAAAUUAAAGCUAAAAUUCAACAAUUAGCACAAAACGUCGAUAAUGAACAAGAAAGUCCUCCAGAAACCACAGAAACAAUUCCGCAACCAGAAAACAAAGCCAAUGAAGAGGAAGAGCAACAUCAAGAUACUCAAAAAGAGGAAGAAAAUCCUCCACCACAAGAAGCACCUCCAAAUAACGAAAAUCCAGAUAACAACUUAAUGGUUUCAGCAGGGUUAGUACCAGCAAACGCCUUUGUUGAUGCCAUGGACAUUAACGACAAUAAAAUUAAAGAACAGUUUCCUGAGGAAGAACAAACACACAAUGAAGAAAACCAAAACAAUAACGAAAGCGAACAUGAAAAUAACAACGAAGAGGAAAAUGUCCGCGAAAAAACUACAGAAGAAAAUGAACCUGAAGAAAUUCACAACGAAGAAGAAAACCAGAAAGAGGAUGAGCAAGAAAACAACGAGCAGGAAACAUUCCAAACUGCUCAUCAGAUAAUUUCUCCUUCAUUAGAAACAGAAAAUAAUUCUGAGAACAAUGAACCAUCUGAUAACGAGCACGAAGAAAAUAACGUCGAUACAAACGAAGACGAUGAAAUUAUAGAUGAUAUUCAUACAGAUAUUAACCAAGAUAAGGAUACUGUUAAAAUUUACGCAGGAGAUGAACCUCCUAAGACUGCUCCUUUAACACAGAUGCCGUCUUUAGCAAAAUUACCUCCUCUUGCUACUUCUCCUGAAAUUGAUGAAGAAAAUGCUCAACUUUUAAAGCGCUAUUUGCAAAAUGGAAAGUUCCCACCACAUAACCAACGCGAACAACUUAUUCAAUACGUUCAAAGAGAGAAAAUUAACGCUUUGGUUCAAAAUGAUUAUGUCAAAGCUCAAAAAAUGCAUGAUACAGCCACAAAUCUCAUGAAAGGCCUUACGAUAUCAGAUUCCAAGGCAAGAACUCGCUCAGCGUUCCAAACAUUAGAAGAAAAACUCGAAGUUGUAAAAGAAGAAAUUUCUGAUGCGAACAAAGCCCUCAAAAAAGCAUUAAAAGAAGAGGAAAUGAAACAGAAUCAGCGUAGGAAAACGUUAAUUGCUCAACAGAACCUAGAACUUGAUGAAUUUGAAGAACAUUGGAAUGAUGAAACAUUUUUGAGGAUGAAUUUCGCAAAACCGAGUGCAACAUUGCUCCAACUUAAGAGCUCGGAGCGCCAGAUGAUUCUUGCUAAAAUGUUUGAUAGAGCUGAUGAAAUUAAAAAGAAAUGUAUCGAAUUAGAGAAAAAAGAAAGCGAACAAGCACAAGAAGUUGCAUAUGCAGAAAGAGAUAAAGCCCAAAAGAAGAUAGAAGAACGACAUAAGCUCGCAUUAGAAGUUUUUGAGCAACAUUUCAAGAAAAAUAUAAAUACUAUACAAAGGAACCAUGAUAUUAAAAUGCAAGCUCUAGAAGCAAGAAAGACUAAGUUGGAGAGUGAAAUGGAUGAAAUGCGAAGGACUUCUACGUUGACUCCAUUAAAAUUAUCUCCAAUUCCAGAAAAUGUAGAAACUGUGAUGACGGCAAGAACAGCACAGAGAUAUUCAUCAUAUAAAUCUACCAAGAAGUCACCAAUGAUCACGAUUAGACCUCUUGGAAAGAUCAAGAGAAGAAAAUUAUUGAAUACUGUUUGA